GAAAGACAGCAGCAGAGUAUCUGGGAUCUGUCGUGGACACCUCUCCCUCUGCAUUUCUCCUGGUGUGAAUGUAGCAAGAUUCCUGCAGCUGAUCGCGGCUCUUCUGAUGACAGAUUGGAUUCAAACAAAACUGUCUCAGCACUGACUUUUACAAGGAUCUACAAUUACUUCUGUGGCAUGUUUAAGCAUUUGGACCAAAUGCUUUGAAGGUCACACCUGGGAGAGCUGCAGCCUGCCCUGGGCUAUGAGAGGCUGUUGACAGCUUGAUUGGAGCUAUCUGUGGUGAGGACUGGAUCUGGUGCAGGGUGUUAAAGGCAAGGGAUGAUGCAGAAACCCGUCAGCAGUACUGAGGACGUGGGCGUGAAUGUGAGACUGAGGCUCCAGCGGUUCGUGGGAAAGACGCUCAGAGGGUUUGGUGACUGUACCUGUGCGCACUGCAUCAUGAAGCGGCCUUGUGAGGACAGCACGUCCGACAGCGACAUGGACGAAACUAUUGAUGUGGGCAGCGAGAAUAACUACUCUGGUCAAAGCAGCGGUUCAUUUGUAAGAUGUGGCUCACCUACCACAACAUCUCAAGUCAUGGCCAGAAAGAAACGGAGAGGGAUCAUUGAGAAAAGACGAAGGGACCGAAUAAAUAAUAGUUUAUCAGAGUUGCGUCGUCUGGUGCCAACAGCAUUUGAGAAACAGGGAUCUGCCAAGUUAGAGAAGGCGGAAAUAUUGCAGAUGACAGUGGAUCAUUUGAAGAUGCUCCAGGCCACGGGAGGAAAAGGAUACUUUGAUGCUCAUUCUCUGGCCAUGGACUUCAUGAGCAUCGGCUUUCGGGAGUGUCUUACUGAAGUGGCGAGGUAUUUGAGCUCCGUUGAAGGUCUGGACUCCAGUGACCCCCUCCGCGUCCGCUUGGUUUCUCACCUCAGCAGCUGCGCCUCGCAGAGGGAAGCGGCCGCCAUGACCACAUCAAUGGCCCAUCACCAGCAGGCCCUCCACCCGCAUCACUGGGCCGCCGCUUUGCAUCCCAUCCCAGCGGCGUUCCUGCAACAAAGCGGACUUCCAUCCUCAGAGAGUUCCUCUAGCAGGCUGUCUGAGGUUCCUCAGAGGGGUGCAGCCCUGCUGACCUCUUCCUUCACCCACAGUGACUCUGCACUCAGAGCGCCCUCAACAGGCAGCAUUGCUCCUUGCAUACCGCCACUGUCCACCUCGCUGCUUUCGAUAUCGGCGACCGUUCACGCGGCGGCUGCUGCUGCAGCGGCACAAACCUUCCCUCUAUCGUUUCCUGGAGGAUUCCCGCUUUUCAGUCCCAGCGUAACGGCAUCUUCGGUGGCUUCUUCCUCCGUGAGCCCUUCCGUUUCCACAUCCACCACAUCCCAACAGAGCAGCGGAAGCAGCAGUAAACCAUACCGACCAUGGGGGACUGAAGUGGGAGCAUUUUAAGUGUUGGAUUUGCUCUUGUUGCAUCUGGACGUCUUCCACACUUUGUACAUAAAGGAAAGAAACCAGCUGUUGUGCCUGCUUUGGUCAGCACUUUGGGGGUUUUUCUUUACACUUGUGCACAUAUGCAACAUCAAACAUAAGCCAACUUUCUGGGAGGGAAAGAAAGACUGACUUUUGGAAACCCAUAACAAUGAAGAGCAAUUCUCAUUUUUGAAGAAAAUAUCAGUUACUGUUUUAACUUCAUGUAAAGGGUUGUACUGUGUGACAGUGCCUGCUAAAACACUGCUAAAAUGCUGCAUUUGAGAUGUAUGCUUUGAUAUUUCUACAUAGAGAAAGCAUAUGUGAUUUUUUACAAACAUACAGUAGCUUUAGAGUAAAACAGAACAGCUUGUUCAAAUACAAACCAAAGGUUUUGCAGAUAAUCACUAAAGUGAGGUGUGAAUCAGUUUUGUAAUCUAUGAUUUAACAAUCCAGGGUCCCACUUUAUAUUAGGUGGCCUUUACUAUGUACUUACAUUUAAAUUAAUCAUUUGGUACAAUGCACUCAUUGUGUACAUACAUGUGUUUACAUUGUACUUAUAUUUUUAAAAAAUACCUAUAUGUAAUUACAUCUGUAAUUAAUUUCUGUAAUUACAUUUAGAAUUACACUGUUGACCCAUCCCUAACACCUUAACCCACCCUUAAACCUACCCAAACCACCAAACCUGUCCCUAACCUUACCCAUAUCUCACCUCAAUAGCAGCAAAUGUAUUUUGCAGUACAAUAUGAUCACAAUAAGUACAUUGCACUUAUUUUUUUUUAUGUAAGUACAUAGUAGUUAAGGCCACCUAAUAUAAAGUGGGACCCAAUCCAGUUUGUAAAUCUGUAUAUGUGUAAGAUUGUAAGUAGAGUUUAUAUUGAAAUUAGACAGAUGAGUUGGUAUGAUGCACUUCAAUCACUACUGUUUUUUGGGGGGAGACAGGAUCUUCUCCGCUUUACACAAUAGGUCUACUGAAUUAAAAAAAAAAAAUAAUAACAUUCACUAAUACUCAUAUGUGAGAUUUUCUACUACUGUAACUUUGUUACCUUUUUAAUAACCCUACCACGCUCUGUAAGAUGUAACCUUUUUCUAUGCAAAAAAGAAAAAAAAAAAAACAGAUGUCCCUGAAGAAACUGCGUGUUUUUUCAUUCUGGCACAUAUGCCAUAAAACCAUCAUUCCAUUUGCUUUCACCACAACAGAUCGUGGAAUGUUAUGAGAGAAAGUAAUUGUUUUCCCAUAGCAUAAUUUGAGUUCUUGAAAUUGUAUGGUUGUAUGCGUUCUUUUAAUGUGUUUUUCUAAUAAUGCAAAAGAAGCCAAUGAAGUGAAACAAACAACUGCAAUUAUAAGUGCCACUUCAACAGUUAUAAAUCUGUCGACAAACUUUAAAGUAAGCUACAAACACAUUUAUUGAAUAAAACACACACACCAACAUUCAACAUCGUUACAUAAUCACCAGCAACUUUAAAUGUUCACUUUUGUUUGUAAAAACGUUCAAUGCCAAACUUGACGCUGCAAUGAUUUCAAUUAUCACUGUUAAACAUAAAAGUAGCUACAAACAUAACUUUAAAGUGAGCUAAAAAAGCCAUUUUAAAUAUGUUCACUUUUGUUUAUAAAAUCUGUCAAUGUUAAAUUUGUUGAUGCUGCAACCAUUUCUAAAUAACAUUUAAGCAGUUCUCAGUUGAUGUUUACUGUUAUUCAAAGACAAGGUCCCUCAAGGUCCCCCUUGGUCCCUCAGGGACAGCUCAAGUCAAAACUUAUGUAGCUAUUCUGGCGGGCGUGAACAAACCGCCGGUCGGACUGCAGUAGUGUGCGCCACAUGAAAGCACAACAACACCAGUCACUCCUCCCCAAGAUGGGUCUUUAUGCCGGUCUAAUCCACUCCCUUUAUGCCAGGGUCUGUUAGACAGAUUUACAUUAGUAAAUCGCUGUCACACCAUUAAAUUCCUUAAGAGAAAAAGUAUCAGCAUUUCCAAGUGAAUGGGGAUUAAGGCAAACAGCGCCUGCUACCCACCGGCAAUCAUGGGAAAAGUGCGGGGCCAUAAAUCCGCCAGUUAUCUGCUUUAGAGCGGCUGGUUCUCACGCCGGGCCCCUGCCUUUGAAGUGGCCGUCAUAUAUCAAGGGCGCACAUGAUCUCCCCAAAACAUCACACAGGCAAAGAGUCAGCGGUGUGAACGUGGUCAGUAAGUCUGUCAGCUUCAUUAGUUUCCACACAUGAAAAUGGUUUAGCUACUACAAGAUGUGUUUCAUGCUCCAGACCGCAGGAUAAAAGCAGCAUAGAUAUGAUCAUAGCUCGCAUAGAUCUUAUUCUAGAAUCUAGUGCACAGGUUCAAUCAUUUUGACUUUUUAACCUGAACUGUUUGGUAUUAUCUAUAACAUACUGAAGAGGAUGUAUUGAGCAUAUGAAUGUGAAU